AUGUGUCAACACCGCCAAAACCAACCCGAAACCACAAACAACUCCCAACCUCCACCAGACACACCAGCCUACAAUGAUCCCUUCCCCUGGCAUCUGGGCGCCUUUGACGCCCACUGCCAUCCAACCGACACAAUGUCCUCCAUCGCCUCUCUCGCCACCCUCAACACCCGCGUCCUCACCAUCAUGGCCACUCGCUCCCAAGACCAGCAACUCGUCGCAGAUGUAGCGUCCAAACACGGCAUUACAGAUUCAGCAUCAAUCUCAACAUCAUCCUUAGAUUCUUCCGAUCCAGCACGCAAAGGAUGCAAAGUCGUUCCAGCGUUUGGCUGGCAUCCCUGGUUCUCCUACCAGCUAUACGACGACUCCAUCCCCAAUCCCACAUUCAACAAUAAAUCUACCGAGCAAGAUGCCAAAAUCGCUCACUACAAAGCCGUUCUCUCUCCCACUCCCCAAGACAAGUCCUUCCUCUCUUCUCUCCCUACUCCAACCCCCUUAUCAGCCCUCAUAUCGUCCACCCGCCAACAUCUCACUUCUUUCCCCCUCGCGCUCGUCGGAGAAAUCGGCCUCGACAAGGGCUUUCGUCUUCCCCAACGGCGACUCCCCGACGACGAUUCCUCUCGAGACGAGAGCCUCACCCCCGGUGGACGCGAAGGCCGGCUCCUCAGCCCCUUCAAAGUGCAGAUGCAGCACCAGCAGGCCAUCAUGCAGGCCCAAUUACGAUUGGCAGGAGAAAUGGGCAGAGCCGUCAGCGUGCACGGCGUACAGGCUCACGGCGUGUUAUACGACACAAUAGCAGUCUGCUGGAAAGGCCACGAGAAAAAAGUCCUAUCCCGUAGAGAGAGAAAGAGAAUUGCCCCUGGCGCCGAAGAAUUUUCCUCCUCCUCAGACGACGACGACGACGACUCAUCUUCCGACGGCACGCCCAGCACAGAGAAGAAAACCCAGAAGAAGAAAGUCGGCGGCAGGCCCUUUCCGCCGCGGAUAUGCCUUCACUCGUACAGCGGCAGCGCCGACAUGCUCAAGCAGUGGUUCCACCCGGCCGUCCCCUCGACCGUCUUUGUCUCCUUCUCCACGGCCGUCAACAUGAGCACCGACGGCGGCAAGACCAAGCUCGCCGCCAUCGUGCGCGCCGUGCCGGACGACAGGAUCCUCGUGGAGAGCGACCUGCACACGGCGGGCGGCGAGGCGGAGGCGCUGCUCGAGGACAUGUAUCGGCUCGUGUGUGAGAUUAAGGGGUGGCAGCUUGAGCAUGGGGUUGCUACGAUAGGGGCCAACUUUGAGAGAUUUAUACUAGGAUAG